AUGAUUUCGCGCAUGUCGGUCAGAACACACACCCAGUCGGAAACGCUAACGAAGCAGGACUCAGUGAACAUGCUAAAAAAUAUAAUCAAACUGGGGAUCAGUUUAGUCACCUAUUUACGAAAUUUAUUUGAAGAAAGUGCCUAUGAAGAAGUACACAUCCAAGAAUUAAAAUUAAAGAGACUUCUACCCAUAAACCGAGAAGCACAUAUGAUAAUUAAUUGGCUUGAAAAAGGAGUAUUCGACGCUAUAGAAAAAGAAUACUUACGAAUUCUAAUCUUAGACAUAAAUGACAUAUAUGAUAACUCCAUCGAAUGCUAUAAAUUUAGUUUUUCCUACAACUCUAUUAGGGGUGGAAAAAUUGGGAUCACAUUGGAGACGUCGAAAAAUAAUCCCAAUAAAGUAUGCACAGAUAGCCAAAUGGAAGAAAAAAGAAAAAAUUUUAAUCUCAACAGGUUGAAAGAUAUAAAAGACAGAUUACUAAAUAGGAAGAAGACAAACAAAGAAACUGCUUUAUGCUUUAAAAAAGACGCAAAACAGAAUACCUAUGAGUUGUUAAGAUCCUUAGUAUUACUCACACAGACGUUAAAUCCUUUACCUGAGCGAACGUACCUCUCGAUGAAGCUGCUUUACUAUGAUGAAAUCGUUCCGUACAAUUAUCAGCCCCCGUACUUUAGAAAUCCAGAUAGCAAAGAUCUACUAAAAUUUGUUAAUCUCCCCAAUGAGGACUAUGUUGGAAAGGUGGAUACGGGUCAUCACUACCUUUCCAUUGUUGUCAAUUCUACUACUGCCAGUAAUGAACAACAGGUGAGUUCCUACAACGGCAGCGAGAUGGACAAUCGGGAUAUGACCAAUUCAAACCGCCGUCCGUACGGAAAAAUAGCAGAUGGGGAUUACUACCAAUAUAAUAGAGAAGGGGAACAUCCCACGAGAGCGAAAAAUCAGGACAAUUUUGACGGAGGUCACCAUGGUGAUUCUCACCAUCACCAGGAUCAUGAUCUGAAUAAACACGCGGCUGGUCGAAGCGAAAACCGAUACAAGCAAGCCAAGUACGAGGAAGAUAGACGGGCCUUCCUGAAGAAGAGAUUAGUGAAAAGCAGAAACAAAGGAAACGAUAAGAAGCACUGCAUCGUCAUCGAUGAUGACGAUUUUGCAGAGGAAGAAGAAGAUGAAGAGGACGAUGAUGCACACGAUGAUGAAGACGAUGACAGUGCUCCUGCUGAUGAAGAAGACGUAGAAUGGCAUAAUGGCACCAUCCGAGGUGGUGCUGAUAAUCGCACAGGUCACACUCGUAAUCGACUGGAGAAUCGCUACGAGGACGAGCGAGACGCCUACUAUGAUUAUUCUGAUGAAUAUGACGACGACACUGAGGAAGAUUACGACGAUACGGAGGAAGAUGACUCCCAGGUUAAUUACGAAUACCACGAGGAAUACUCCAGUCUGAGCGAUGAACGGUCGAAUAAACGAAGCAAAAGGAGUUGCAAAAAAAUUGGAACAAAAAAGAAAAGAAAGUUAUCGCCAUAUUCAUCAGAUAGCAGAAUGAAUGAGCAAAUAUCAGCAUCGCUAGUCAGAGUCAUCAAAUGCAGUAACGACCAAGACUAUAGUAGUAGCUCGGAUAAUAACGAAUGCUACAGCAAAAUAGGACAAAUGCUCUCCGAGACAAACAAAGAUGCAGAUGAACAUGAUUGUGUAAAGGUUGAGAAGAGAGAAAUAGAAGACGGUAAGAGAAAGAAAAACAAAUACGGGGUUAACAAUAAAAGCGAACCGAGAAAUUGCUACUAUAGUAGUAACCCCUACAGGAGGAACAUCGACAAAAUGACUACCCGAUUGUAUGAUAAUUCCUGUGCCAAUAAUGCCCCAUAUAGCAACACAAAUGGGAAAGCUACCAACGAACUGAAUAAGCCCUACGGAAUUCAAAACAAUUCCAAGCCUAAUACCAGUCGUUUGUAUUCUUCCUAUCGAGUGGACGAUGCGAAGGCACACCUUGACAAGGAUAGAGACAGGAAUCGAGAGAGGGAGCGCUCCCAAAAUAGGGAAAGCUACAUCAAAACACACAAAGAUAACUUUCUCAUGAAAAAGAGAAGAGAAAAAAAAGAAAAAUUAACCCACAAAAAUUUAAAAAACAAUAAAUCGAUGGAGAAAACAUUCAUGGUUAAAUAUAAAAAGAAGAAGAUCCUUCACAAAAUAAGACUACACAUCAUUAGAUAUAAAAUUCUGAGCAAUACAAAGAUAAAGCAGAGGUUUCCCAGUGUGUCCAACUACGACAUUGACAGAGUUUUCAAUAAGCUGGUCAAGGAAAACAUCAUUCACAAGAACGGAUGCAAGUUUUAUAAGUUCGUUGAAGAUAAGAGCGAUGGGAAGGAGCGCUUAGAGAAGAAGCACGAUGGGGAGGCAGGCCUCGCGCAGAUGGAUCAGAAGGAGCAGAUGGAACAGACGAGGCACUCGAACCAAAAGCUCAACGAGGAAAUCCGCAAAGAGGAUGACUCGAUUGUACACCCGGUUGAUCACCCAGUUGUAGAUUCUGUUGUAGACCCGGUUGUAGACUCGAUUGUAGACCCGGCUGUAGACCUGGUUGAUCACCCAGCCGAUGACCCACCUGACGACCGCCCCGCGGAGCAGCAGCCAAACACAGAUGCGAAUUUCAUCGGCAUGUCCAAAGAGGAUAGCGUGAAAAAUUCAGAGACCGAAAACAGUUAUGAAACUAGCCUGCUGAACAACAUUUCCGACCCACCAGAAAGUCAGGAGGGCAUGGAGCAGAUAGACAAAGAGGAUGAAAACAACAUUAAUCAAAUUAAUGACGACAUCCAAAAACUCUACAACGAUGUAUACGACCUGUGUGUUAAGACGAAAUAUGUCAAUAGAGAAAUUGUUACAAAGGGACUUAACAUUUAUCCUUUGCUCGCCAAGCCUUUAAUAGAUAGACUUUUACGAGAGGCAGUUUUAAAAAAAAAGAUCGUGAAAAAUAAGGGUUAUGAAAGUAACAUAUUUGUCCCCAUUGAAAGUGCCUAUAUUGCUAAUAACAGGGUGAACGAAGCCGGCGUCAAGUCCGAUGCCCCUGCGGAGAAUUUCGCCCUUGCGAAGAAUCUCGCGGACGAGGAAAAAAAUUGA